CUUCCUGGCUACCGGCACGCGACUUUUAAUGUCCCUAUAAAGAACCCUCGCGUGCCUGCUCUUCAACUAAAAAACUGUUGAUCGUGAGCAGCGAGCGCAGACAACGAGUCCAUAGAAGAAGAGUCGUGUCAUUGUUUACACCACCAGCGGGAGUAGCACAGACAAAAAAUGGACAGUGUGUUAGAUCCUUUCUCCGGACUCGAGUCUUUCUCCUCCCCUCCCUAUUUCGAAGAUGAUGAGUUUUUCACCGAUCAGUCCUCCAGAGACGGACACUUGGACACUGAUGACUUUCUGGAUGACGAUGUCGAAUUCCUUACCAGUCAUUUCCAAGAGUAUUACAGCAAAGACGGCGGCAGUAGAGCAGCUUUUCACGAUGGAGACUAUGACAUCUGCAACUUGUCCUUCUCCUCCUCUUCCUCCACCUUCUCGUACGGCUGCGCCGACAGCAACCCAGACUUGUCCCCACAGAUGGCCCAUCACGGCGGACCUUUGCUGAAGCGCAGGAGGCGGAUGCGGUCUGAGAUGGAGAUGCAGCAGAUAAGGCAGGCUGCCAACGUCAGGGAGCGGCGGAGGAUGCAGUCCAUCAAUGACGCGUUCGAGGGGCUGCGCUCUCACAUACCAACUUUGCCUUACGAGAAAAGACUCUCCAAGGUGGACACUUUGCGGCUCGCCAUCGGCUACAUUAACUUCCUGGCCGAGCUCGUGCAGUCUGAUCUGCCGAUUAAAAAAUCAAGUAGCGAGACACACGCACAGCCUAAGAAGGUCAUUAUCUGCCACAGAGGAACAAGGUCUCCUUCUCCCAGCGAUCCAGACUACGGCCUUCCUCCACUGGCUGGUCAUUCCCUUUCCUGGUCGGAUGAAAAGCAACUACGGGAGCAAAACAUCAUCCGAACAGCUAAAGUCUGGACACCGGAAGACCCCCGGAAACUGCACAACAAACAGGGUCUCGCAGACAUUGAAAACGAGCCUCCAUUCGGCUUCGUGGCCUGAACAAAAAACUCCAGAGCCCAUCUGAGUCGCUCCGCAAAAAGUACAUUGUAAAUGUGACAACAGUGAAUUAUGUUAAUGUCUCUUAAAGUGCACUUGAUAGCGCAUUGGAAUGUAAACACCAUGUGAACGUAUUGGACAGUUUACAAUAUUGUUGGCCUGUUUUGUGUUGUAAAGUCUUUUAUCAUGUUGAUAAUUUUAUUUUUGUAAUUGACGCUAUUGGCAAUCAGGUAUUUAUUUUUUUUGACAUGUGAUAAUAUAUGUUUUAAUUUAACUGCAACAUUUUCCUAUAUUGUCGUAAAAUGAUUUAUAUUUAUUUUCAAUCUGAAAAUAAAAACACCUACUGAUAAA